UUUACGUCAGAGUUCAUGGAUUUCAUGGCUGCACAAAGGAAAUACUCAAAUUCUGACUCUGGAAAGAUUUACAACACAAGCAGAGUCAUAGAAGGAAAAUUCAUGAAUUUACUAGAAAAAGAACCAAUCAAAAGAAACAAAAUGCACUGGGCUAUAGGUCCAUUCAAUCCAGUGAUGACUAGCACUUCAAGCAACAAUUCAUCAAUCGGGCAACGUCACAAAUGCUUGACAUGGCUUGAUAAACAAUCUCCAAAAUCUGUCAUCUUUAUUUCGUUUGGAACAACAACUUCAUUAACUGAUGAACAAAUCAAAGAGCUCUGUAUAGGACUAGAAAGAAGUGACACAAAGUUCAUUUGGGCAUUGAGAGAUGCCGAUAAAGGAGAUAUUUUUUCAGGAGACGUGAGAAAAUUUGAACUUCCAAAUGGGUAUGAAGAAAGAAUUAAGAAUAAAGGAAUAAUAGUAAGAGAUUGGGCACCACAAUUGGAGAUAUUAGGACAUUUUUCAACCGGUGGAUUUAUGAGUCAUUGUGGAUGGAAUUCAUGCAUGGAGAGUCUUUCAACAGGAGUUCCUAUUAUUGCAUGGCCCAUGCAUUCUGAUCAGCCAAGAAAUAGCAUUUUAAUAACGAAAUUUCUGAAAGUUGGAAUUCUUAUGAACAACUGGGAACAUAGAAAUGAAGUUGUAACAUCAAAUACUGUUGAAAGAGCAGUGAAAACACUGGUGUCGAGCAAUGAAGGAAACGAGAUUCGUAAAAGAGCGGCGGAUUUAGGAGUGGCUAUUCGGAAGUCGGCGGUGGAAGGCGGCGUGACAAGGAAGGAAUUGGAGUCUUUCAUUGGUCACAUCAAUAGAUAA